AUGACACUCGAAAAAAUGCCAUCCGUUGAGAAUAGUAAACAUGCACGGCAUGGCAAGGUGAACUGGCGCAGUAAAGGUUUUCAUCGCCGAUAUUUGGCUCUUUGUCGGGCGAAAAACUUCCCACCGCUGGUGGAGCUAACCGGCAGUGGGGCUACGGCUGCGGGUCGUAAGUGUAAAACCGGGCCACAGCAGCGAGUUCCAGCGCUGAAUUUCUACGGCGAUCGUUUCAAGGAAUGCGACUGGUUGUUGAUGAUCGACGCAUUGUUGGAGGACACAUCGUUGGAGAUGCUUGCUGUUAGAUUGCGGAAAUAUCCUCAUGAUGCUUCCGAUAAUGCCUGUCAAAGGACUGAUUCGACAGCUGAUCGUCCUUCCGCAAUAACGAAACGAGUAAUGUCCCGUUUGUUUGACUGCUUGGGACAAUUUUUGGUGGCCAAUCAGGUGGUGCGAGUAUUCAUCUUAGAAGCAUUACCUAUCCCAAUCAUACAUAUGACAGCAUUAGUGAAUGGCUUACAACAAAAUGAUUCCAUCACCGAAUUGAGUUUUGUACGCAGCCUAAUCGGUGACGACGGAUGUGAAUCCGUUUGCGAUGCUGUGAGACAUUUGCCUAAGAUUGAAUCGCUGAACUUAUCCACUUGUCAGCUUACGGCUAAAGGAUGUCACGCUGUAGCAACUCUAAUAAAACAUCAGAAAAUUCAGCGCUUUGCUCAAAGCUGGCAGUUUUCUCUUCGCUACGGGGACGUGGAAACUGACAAAAUGCAAGGACUGCGUUAUAUAAUGCUCAACGGUAACCCAUCAAUCGGAGAUGAGGGUUUGAUAGAACUCACGGAAGUUCUGAAGGAUGACGUAUGGAUAAAGCAGAUACAUUUCAGAAACAGUGGUCUGACGGACCUGGGGGCUAAAUCUGUAGUUGACUGUUUGAACAUCAAUAAAAUUAUCGAGAAGUUUGAUAUUCGGGCAAACUCGGGAAUUUCGAUUGAAGCUAGUAGAGAAAUACAGCAAAUUCUAGGAGUUGAGCUGGACUCCUCAGACAGCAGCCAAUCAAUGUCUAAGGGAAUAACUAGGGAGGUUAAAAUGAAACCUGCUGAACAAAUCAAGUUUUUAAAUCUGCAAAUUACUGCCGAGCGACACAAAAACACGCAGAUGCAACUGAUGAUCGAACGGCUUCAUAGGCAGCAAAUGGAAUGUGCGGUUGAGCUAAGCAAACUACGGCAAGACUACGACAAGAUUAUUCUAGAACGUGACGCACUCAUUCGCAGCAAUCACCGUGCAAAGGAUCGCCCGAAAAGCGGCCGGUUAUCUGUGUGGAAAAGUAAAAGUGAAGCUUUUCCGAAGCCUUCGCAACUGUUCACAAGUAGAGUGCGUACUUCCAAUCAGCAAAAUGUUCGCGGCAAUGCGGGAUCCAAAUCAGACCUAUGUUUCCAUAGUGCUCGGGAUCGUCACCCAAAAUCGGUGAAUUCUACGGAUAUUUCGCGAUAUUCUAAGCGAUCACACAUGCUGGAGCGUACGAUCGGAGACAGCGAACUAACCAGCCAGCUGAACGAUAUUGUCGAACUUAACGAAGAAUUGGAAACGGUUCACAAAAAUUUCCCCGAAGGUGGUUGUGGCGAUACUGGUGUUGGAUGUUCAAGCGUCCAAGUCAGGAUAAUCGGGCAGAAUUUCACAGAAGACGACUCAGAUGAUGUAAGAGUAUGUGCUGAAAACGGUGAUGGUUCGGAUGAUGGAAAUUACUUCGCGACUAUAGGGGAAGCGGCAGAUCAAUGGGCAUUAACAAAUAGUAUUAAUGCAUGUACCAGCAGUGCCGCACCGAGCGAAGACCAUUACAUAGAUGAGGAAGGAUUGGAUGAAAUAAGUGCUAAUUCUCUGUCUGGAGAAGAACUAUUAAACUUUUUGGUCAAAAAACAACCAGCGGCGAAGUUUACAAAAGGCAAAAGACAGUCGUUGUUCACCAGCGUAUACAGCGAACAGCGGCAUUAG